CAGAACUCAGUGUAUAACACUCUGCAGCCAGCCACAAUGUGUGUCAGAGGACUGUCUGCGCUCCCAAAGUAGAUGACUGCUCCAAAUCUGGUGUCUGUAUUACUGACUGCGAGAUACGAGAAAAAUCGGUUCGCACAUUAUCAUCCCAAGUCAGGACGAGGUUUGUCGAUUGUGGGACAGAAUGCCGGCGAUCAUAAGUAAAAACUCCGAUUUGGAGUUUGACUCCUUACAACCGUGUUUCUACCCGGAUGAGGACGACUUCUACUUCUGUGGUCCCGACUCUGCGCCACCGGGGGAGGACAUCUGGAAGAAAUUCGAGUUGUUGCCCACUCCGCCCCUCUCUCCGAGCCGCGCCGCGCUACCGGGGGAGCCGGCGACUGCCUCCCCGGACGCAGACCCUCUCGGUUUCGGCUUGGGGGACCCCCUGGACUGGGCAUCUGAGCUGCUGCUCCUGCCCGAGGACGAUAUAUGGGGAGCGUCCGACGAUAUGGACCUGUUCGGCUCCGCUUUGGAUACUAACCCCAACAGCAUCAUUAUCCAGGACUGUAUGUGGAGCGGCUUCUCCGCCAGGGAAAAGCUGGAACGGGUUGUUACGGAGAAACUCGGCAAGGCUAUUUCCACGGCCACGGCGGGUGCCAGGAACGUGUCCGCCAAGGCGCCGGAGGUGGUGAGCCGCAGCUCCAUGUCAGAGUGUGUUGACCCCGCGGUAGUGUUCCCCUUCCCGGUCAACAAGAAGAACGGCAGCAGGGACGCAUCUGGGACCGUUAGCACGUCCACAGUGCACGGGAGCGCGCCCAGUGACUCCGAGGAGGAAGAUGACGAUGAUGAAGAAGAUGAGGAAGAAGAAGAGGAGGAGGAGGAAGAAGAAGAGGAGGAGGAGGAGGAGAUCGAUGUGGUCACAGUAGAGAAGAGGCGCUCCACAAUCAGCAAGGCAUCCCCCAUGGCGACAGGCACCGUCACCAUCUCUGUACAUCCCAAGAGCCAAGACGGAAGAGGAAUUGUCUCAGGGUCCGGCGUGGUGAGUCGGUUCGUCAGCCGAGCCCCUCAGGAGCUCAUCCUGAAGAGGAGCUCGGUCCACCAGCAGCAACACAACUACGCAGCCCCGUCGCCGUACGCCUCGGACGACGACCCCACCCCGCCUCCAAAGAAGCAGAAGACGUCGGAUGCUCCUCGCCAUCCCAUCAGGACCAUCUCCUCGUCCUCCUCCUCGUCCUGCAGCUCCGUCGCCAGCAUGUCAGGGCCGCGCAGCAAGCGCAGCACCAGCGGGGACAGCAGCCCACGCGGCAGCUCCGACUCGGAGGACAGCGAGCGCCGACGCAACCACAACAUCCUGGAGCGCCAGCGCCGCAACGACCUGCGCUCCAGCUUCCUGACGCUGCGCGACCACGUGCCGGAGCUGGCGCACAACGAGAAGGCGGCCAAGGUGCUGAUCCUGAAGAAGGCCACCGAGUACGUGAGUUCACUAGAGACGGAGGAGAUGAGGCUCCAGCAGGAGAAGGACAGGCUGCAGGCCCGCAGGCAACAGCUGAUGCGCAGGCUGGAGCAGGCCAGGACUCGCUAACAGACAACCGCUACAACACAGAAACACUCACACAUACCCUGGAUGACCUCCUUCCCCUACACACACACCUCGACUCAGUCUGAAUCACAGCUAGAUGCAUACACAGGCCUCUACACUUAGGCCUGCACAUCUGUUUAAACAUCUUAGAGGACUUUUACCUACAGAUGCACACACACCUGGAGGGGAUGAUGAUGAUGAUGAUGAUGAUGGUGGUGGUGGCUGGGGAGGUUGUCGCUAGAGGGAUGCUCGGACUUUCACUGCCGCCACUUUUUUUGCACAUUUGUUGACGUUAAGAAUGUUUAGGGUUUACUUUUUCAAUCCAGUCACAUUGAGGAAAAAGAUGAAAAGAGUGAGGAAGGAGAGAGGACACACAUUUUUUUUUGGUCCUCCCUUCCUGUUUUUUUAUAUAUAAAUAUAUAUAUAUAUAUAUCAUUUGUAUUUGUAUUUUUUUUUCUUUGUACUCACUGUGACACCAGCCUGGAAUCCGGUGAUUCCUACAGGGACAGGUGUUAGAGGGCACUUUGCUUGGAGAGUUCACGUACAAGAAGCAGUGCACACUUACUUUUGCCUUCACCACUGCAAAACUGAAAAGACUAAAUGAUGACUGAGGCGUCACAUAAACAGUGCCACUACAGGUUCUCUCUCUGUCACUCCUCUCACACUGGUGCUCAAACCAAGUCAGUGGAUGUAUAACUGUGCACCUUGCUAGCCGACACUUUUGUAUAUAACAAUAGUGUACAGACAAAAAAAAUACACUCAGAUCUGCCUUGUUUUGUAAUACAUUUUGUCAUUGGUUUUUUUUAUACAUGUCAGGAAGCUGCCAAUAACUAGACUGGAAGUUUAUAUACCUUUAAAAGUACUGUAAGGCCUCAAUUUUUGAGAGUCACGAAACUUUGUAAUAUAACAAUAUAUUGCUUUUUUUCUUCUCCUUUUCUUUGUAUUGUACCAUAUUACUAAUUCUACACACCUUUAUGCUUUUAGUGUGAACCUGAUACAUACUAAAUUUGAUACUUAUAUUUUCGUAUGAAAAUGAGUUCUUGGUAGAUAUCACUUUAUCUUGUCAUUUUUUUUCUCUUCUAUCUCAAAAAUAAUUCUUUUGUACAGCAAAUGUGUUCUAUCCUCAUGUACCUGGACAAUUUGUUUCUUCCUCUUUUGUUUAUAUUUGUUUAUAUUAUCGGGUGCAUAGAACUGGGUAAACUGAUAUAAGAUGUUUGGUUUUUUUUCUCUCAUUUUUAAAAAUGUACAUUUAGUGCUGCAACUCAUAGCACUUUGAAAUACCUCAUUUUGAAAAAUAAAUAGACAUCGUAAAAAAAAAAAAA